UUUGUAUGUAGUCUGAACAUGUGUACUUCUAGCUCUGUUUAAUUGACCAGCAGAUGUCAUCUGAUUUCUCAGUCGUUUAAAUUCAGUACUUUUUUUCUUUCUCGUUGGGAAGAGGAAAUGAGUGAAGUGCAAUUACUUCUUGCGAACUGUGUGACAGCAUUCACUUAAAAACAGUGUCUGUGUUGGUGGGUUAAUCAGUGACAUCAAAGACAUCUUUUUAACUGAACUCGGACAUUGACUUAAAUCAAAAUGAAUGUGCAUUGUUUUAUUACAUUUUACUUUUUGGCAACUCUUGUACGCAGUGAAGUGAAACCAGAAAUUAACUGUAUUGUCUACAAUGAUGAAUACAUGAUAUGCAACUGGACAACUACAGGAAAGCCAUACAGGAACUAUUCACUCAAUUAUAGUUAUGGCAAAAUAAAAAAAGAGUGUAAGAACUACUCAACUGAAAGUGGAUAUAACUCUGGGUGCAGGAUCGAGAAUGUCACUGAGAUGUACUUCAAAGACUUUUUUAUAUUACUGAUCGAUGCAAAUACUUCCACUGAAAUCAAGAACAAAUUUAAACUACAAGACUUGGUGAAGCCAAAUCCCCCUUUUAAUCUGGUGGUUACAAAUACAAGCAACAACCAACUAAAACUGACUUGGAAUGUGACCAUGAAACUGAGCUGUCUUCAGUUUGACAUUAAAUACAAAAGCAACAAAGAAACUAACUGGACGAUGGCUAGCAUACAAGAAAAACUAUUUUUUGACGUGCCUAGUGUGGAUCCGAAAAAGCUGUACACCUUCUAUGUAAGAAGUAAAAAGAUCAUUUAUUGUGGCACUACAGAUCUGUGGAGUGAGUGGAGUUUGCCUGCCUACUGGGGACAAAAUGAUUCUGCUACAAACACUCUUUCUGUAUACUUUUGGCUUCGAUAUGUCGUUGCUCCUGUGGUAUCCUUCCUCGUACUGGUACUUCUUUGCUAUGGAUUAAUGCGAGCUGAAAGGCUGUGGAUAAUAAUUAUUCCAAAGAUUCCAAAUCCUGAGCGAAAUUUCCAUGAUCUGUUCUACAACUAUGGUGGCAACUUUCAGGACUGGGUUGGAAUGACAAAGGAAACUCUGGAAGGCUUCAAGCCCAAUUACAGUGAAAUGGCGUGCAACGUUAGCGAACAACCGUUGCAUGACAGUCAGCAAUCGGAGGGAUUUCUGGAUCCUGCUACAUUGGAAAAUAUCGAGAAACUCAUUCCCAGUGACCAAAAGUUGUCUACCACAUCUAUCCAUGAGACUCUUUAUGUUGUGGUGUAGCUUGUUUCCUUUCCAAAAGAAUGCAAAAUAACACAGCAGAUGAAGGGGAUGCAAAUGCUAUCAUUAGAAAUUAUUUGUAUCCUAGGCUAUAGUUUCUAAAAUUCCGUGGAUUGUAGUAAAGUCAUUCCAAUCAUGUUUUAUUGCAGAAUUACUGAUUAGCUGUAUAAUUGUAAAAGUUUUUCAUGAGUCUUUUUAUUUUUAUGUAAUGCUUACUUUGUGCCUCAUCUGCAUUAGAUGACAUAUUAGUUUAACUAUCAAAGUAAAUGAUGCAAGCAUAAGGAACAGUUUAACAGCCAAGAACUGUUGUUACUGUCCAGAUAAUACAUUGCUGAUUUACUGCAGAGUAGGGGGACUGCAUGGUUUCAUUCCACAUCUCAAAUAAAACUUGAACAAGUGGUUA